AAACCACGGUCUCAUAUCCCAACAUGGCGGACUUCGUGUAAGGACUCCCAACUUAAAUUGAGGAAAUAACUGUUUUAUUCGAUAUGCCGAAGGGUAAAUUUCCGUUCAGACGGACGCUAGAGUUCCUGUCUGCAGGCAGGGUCGUGCUGAAGAAAGAUGUGAGAUCUGUGAUGCUGUCCUACACUCAUAAAUACGAGAGCAAGGGGUUGAGAAAUUUCAUCUAUAAAGAUCUUCCCCAGAUCCAAUACAAAAACAAUGCUGUUCAAUUUAUUACAGCAAAAGACAGAACUGACUUCCCAACGGUUGACAUAUUCUAUGGUGAUGGUAAGAAAGUCAUGGUUGAUGUUGAGAACAAAAAAGCACCUGAAAUCCUUGAGAUUUUUAGUAAAGUUGCUGGAGCUACUGAAAGCGAGCUCCAGAUUCGUAGGCAACCCAAAUAUCUUGGCCGGAUAAACCCAGCAAAUUUUGGCAAGUAUGGCCAUAUGUACUGUAUAUGUGAGAUUCCUGGACAAGCACCAUGCCCAUCUCGUGUACCACACCCUGAGGCCAGGAAGACCAAGGUUUGGCAGGAAAAAGACAGCUAAGAAUGUACAAUCAGUAGCAUCUCUUUAGGCUGGCUAGAGAAGGAAAGCUAAGGACUUUUAGUCUGUUUUCAAAAUCUGUCUUCGAGAUAGGUUUGAGCAUGCAGAAUGAUGAAUAACAUUGAGGUAGUAAUAAGACUUACAGAUUUGGAUAUCAGUCUUAAUCAUUUAUUGUGUGUGAGACUUGGAUAAGUUCGUCUGUAACAAAUAUAAUAGAAACAUUGUAUAUACAAGGGACUUUCAUUUACACAUAUAUACCAGACAGUUUCAAAGUCCUGUGUCUUUUCUUCAUAUCUGUCAACUCACCCACUUUAUGCGAGUGUCACAAAGUUUUGGACCUCAUCACAAGCCUAAUUUUUGUGAGAAUGUUCAUACAUUAUCUGUAUUCACCAGUAUUGGCUUUUUUUGUUUUUUUUUUUUCACAUGUUUACUGUAUUUCACCCAAUUUCACAAGAUUUCUGUCCAAGUUGGGUUGACAGCCAUGUUUCUUUUUUCACAUAUUUUGAGGGACUAACUUAAUAAAUCAUAUUAUUUUCCAUUAAAAAAUAUUAAGCCAGAUAAAGAACUGAAAUUUCUGUUUCUGAUGUAAUACAUUUUCGGUAAAUUUGCCUCAGAUAUGAGGGAAUUGUUUGAUCAAUGGUACAGGGGAGGUAGUGAAGGUUACAAGCAAAACAGAUAAUUUACUUAAGUUUAAAGUGUAAUUCUGGUGUGUUCUCAACUUUUAUAUGUCUCCUCAAUAAAAGAUUGAAGGGUGAA